UGAAAAUGAAGUCAUGUGCAUUUUUGCAUGCCCCAGGUUUCAUCACACAACCCCAGACAGUAAAACACACAGUGGUGAGAAAUACACCGAUCCUUUCAAACUCGGUUGGAGAGACUUGAAAGGUCUGUAUGAGGACAUUAGAAAGGAACUGCUCAUAUCAACAUCAGAACUUAAGGAAAUGUCUGAGUACUACUUUGAUGGAAAAGGGAAAGCCUUUCGACCAAUUAUUGUAGCACUAAUGGCCCGAGCAUGCAAUAUUCAUCAUAACAACUCUCGGUGAGCUCUUGCUUUUAUUCCUUUGUUGUUGUUAUAUUUGGGAAGUCUUUCUUCCCAAGGUUACUGUUUUGUUUCCCAUUUAAGAAGUAGCAUAUACCAGCCAGGCGCAGUGGCUCAUGCCUGUAAUUCCAGCACUUUGAAAGGCCGAGAUAGGCAGAUCACAAGGUCAGG